CUAACAGAGGCAAUGCCAUGUUUGUGUACCAGCUGCUGGCCAGGAUUCUGUGAGCCCGUGAGCCCCGCUCUGUAGUCUGAUGUUUUCUUGCUUCUGUUUCAGCCUCCAGGAUAACUCCUUCAGCAGCACAGCUGUAACCGAGAGCGAAUGUGACACCCCUUCCGUACAUGAGGACCAAACUGUCUGUUCCAAACUCAGCAGAGAUGACAAUAACAAAGAAAACUACCCUCACAGAGCUACCGAACUGGAGGAAAAUGCUGCAUGUUCCCGGGACCUUCAGCAUCACAUGGACAAGAAGCUGUUUGAUGGGUCCAGCAGACAUGGGAUUGGAAUCUUGCAGUCAAAGCAGCCAAGAUCAGGUGGCAGAUCAGACAAUGGGAAGAUACAUGAAGGAAACCAAGAAAUCGAGACUGUAAGUCAAUGCCUCCCCGAAAUUUGGACUACUAAAGGGAUGACGUCUCAGGACCAUACCCCUCACGUCUCCUUCAGAGGAGCCACAGAUUUUCAGACAAGAAACAGUCCCAUAAUGCGGAUUCAGGACUUUGCAGAGCAGCUGCAGCACGCCGGUGAGGAGGAGGUUGUAGUACAGUCUCAUGGCUGCAGAGGAGCGACCAGUUCUCUAAUCCAGACUGUGCCAGGCGAGGCUGCCAACCAUGCAGAGCCAGUAUCUGUUCAUAGAGAGUCGCAGAGUGAUUCCGACCAUGUGGCGGAAGAGAACCGAAGCUUUGGGACCAGCCGUCUUCUGUUCCACAUCACUGAUGGAGACAAUCCAUUGUUGUCCCCUCGCUGUUCUAUCUUCAGUCAAAGUCAAAGGUUUAACUUGGAUCCUGAGUCUGCGCCGUCCCCACCAAGUGCUCAGCAGUUCAUGAUGCCAAGAAGUUCAUCAAGAGGAAAUUGUGAAGAUCCAAAAGAACCUAUGACUGUUAUACAACUCACCAAGCAAAUCCAGAACCUGAAGAAGAAGAUCAGAAAAUAUGAAGAUAAAUUUGAGCAGGAGAAAAACUAUCGUCCUUCUCAUAGUGAUAAAAUCUCGAACCCUGAAGUCAUGAAAUGGAUGAAUGACCUGUCCAAGGCUCGUAAACAGCUCAAAGAGUUAAAGCUAAAAUUGUCUGAAGACCAAAAUGUGCCAAGAGCCACACAAAGUAAACCCUAUGAAGAAAGGCCGGUGGCAUCAAUUGUGGUGGAGCAGCAUGACAUCACCAAUUCACCAAUGUCAUCUGUAGAGGAAACUGUUGAAACUGUAUGGAAGAGGCUAAAGGAGAAGAGACAGCUGCUCAACCUUCCUGAGAAUGUCAAGGAUAUGACAAAAAAGCAAAUGAAUCUUGAAAAAAUGAGUCUCCAGAAAUGUCUACUGUAUUUUGAGAAUAUUCAUGGACGCCCAGUUACAAAGCAGGAGAGAAGCUUAAUGAAACCGCUCUAUGACAGAUAUCGGAUUAUAAAGCAGUUAUUAUCCACCGCAUCCUUGAUUCCUACAAUUCAUGAAGAAGAGGACUCUGAUGAUGACAGUGCCCAGAAUUCAUCCUGUGAAUUUGUAUUGCCUGAACAGUCUGAAUUAGCUGCAGAUGAGCAUCUAACUUUCUGCAAUGAAGAUCUAGAACCUGCAUAUGUCUCUCCUCUGGAUGAGAAGCUAACUUUGCGUCAACCAGCGCUGUCUAUGUCUAACCUUCAUGAAGCAUCUAUGCCUGAACUUCUUGAUCACCUUCGUGAAACCAGAGCAGACAAGAAAAGAUUGAGAAAAGCUUUAAGAGAAUUUGAAGAGCACUUUUUACGACAGACUGGAAGAAGUGCACAGAAAGAAGAUCGGAUACCAAUGGCUGAAGAGUACUGUGAAUACAAACAGCUAAAAGCUAAGCUUCGCUUAUUGGAGGUCUUGAUCAGCAAGCAAGAUGUAUCUAAAACUAUAUAGAGCUGGUGGUAUUGAAGAAGGAUAAAAUUGCUGUAUUUCUGCACACUCAUGUAUCACACUGAAAUUCUGAUGCACUUUAAUAGUUACACACUACCUGAUAGGGAGAACAGUAGCGGGGACAAGGGAUGACGCAAAGCCGAGGCAAGAUAGGUUUUGUAGGACAUAGGCUGUUGAGUUGGUAAUCAACAGUGGGAAAACCAAAGGUGGACAUACUUGGCUUUGUCCCUGUCUCGAAUAAAGUUCUGCUGAAGGGCAUUAUGGAGGUAAGAGGUUGGAGGUCAAUAAUGGGGCUGAGCUAAUAAGGCUUUUACCAUUUUGUGUGUUGUUUUUCUUUGCCAAACGUAUGAUAUUUAAAGGUUGACAUGUUGAACUAGCUCCUCAAUGCCGUUUCUAAAAUCCGCUUCAUUGUCUGAAGUGCCUUUGAUAUGUUGUAGGCAUCCCCCACAGAGCAGAGAUCACAGUCACAAUGUGUACAGUAACUUAAAUAGAAUAUUUCAGAGAAUAACCUAUUUAUGCCAUGUACAGGCUGUAUAUACUUAGGCUACAUGCACACAGACAUUUUUAACGGAUGUUCAUUUCACUGAUGCCUUUCUGAGAAACGGACGUUAAAAAUGGGCCCAUUCAAUUGUAUGGGGGCAGUCUGUCGGUGAAAAACGGACAAGAUAGGACAUGUUCUAUUUUUUGACGUC